AUGGGUUGCAAUGAGUUUGUGGGUGUCGAUGUUGUGGAUGAGCUGGAGUCUUAUAUUGAACGUCAGAUUCGUGGUGUUGAAUCGCAAAAAAAUCUCAAUAGCAUAUCUGUGUUUGAUGGGGGCAAAUCAAAAGUCAGAAUAACAUCCGGUUAUUAUUCAGUGGAUCGUCAUUCUGCGAAUAUAGUUUCCAAAGCUGUCAAGAAGCUAUCCUGUGAAUUUGAUCAAGUUGUUUCACGUACCUAUAAUCAUCCUCAUAAUGGAAAAAUAAGGAUAACAUCCAUCAUUCAAGAUUUUGAGAAAACAGUUACAGAUAUGUGCAAACAGUACUCUGUACAUGUUUUGAAGGCAAGAAAUCAUCCUUCUCUCUCAUCCAUUAAGCUAGGUAGUGUUUAUGCUUGGGCACGUGAGCAGUCCGGAGCCAACUUUAAUGACCUUCAAAUGUGUUCAGAUCUUAGAAAAAAUCGUUUGCGUUUAUGUCAAAAGUUGUCACGUUUGGUACGUCUAUCCAAGUCAUCUAAACAACAGAGUCAAUGUCAUCCCCUACUCGUCAGUCUGCGACAUGACCUAAUGAAAAUAAGAUCACGUGUGACAGGGAAAGUAUUUUCAGAAAAGCCUGUGAUUAUGACACUUCCUUCAGACAGUACGUUUGUUUCGUUUGAAAAACCCAUUGUCCAAUCAAAACUCGCGAUGGUAUUUGAAAGGUUGGCUGACCAAAUAACUGAUCUUCUUCUCCCGAUUUCACAUCUUAUUCCAGGUAUUUCAAUUGUGAAAUGUGCCGAUGAUGUUGCGAAACGCCGAGAAAAUUUACGUGCACAAGUAAUUUUAGCUAUUCACGGGUUUUAUUGUCACUUCAAUGAGAUCAGUGAAGACAAUACAUAUGAAUUUAAACAAAAUAAUUCAAUCAUGAAUGAUGAUCCUAUGAAUGGAAGUUUUGACUUAUCGGACGGAUCUGAGUCUGGUUCCGAUGAUAAUGACAUGACUGGGGCAAAGUUAAUAACUCAUCUAAGUCCUGCCAUAGUUCAAGCUUCACUUGAUCGAUUUGAUCAUUUUAAUUGGAAUAAACAAAAACAACGAUCUUCGUCAAAUCGUUCAAAAGAACAAACAAUGGAACUACAAUCAAUCAACAAUAUACGACAAUCUACUUCCAGUUAUGUAAAAUCAUCAAAUAUAAAAGAAAAGCUGAAAUCAGCUCAAUCUACAAUAGAUAAUGGAAAUGUUGAGAAGCUGAUAGAGACAAAUGUUGAAGAUCAAUUGAAUAAUGAUAUUUCAAUGGAAUCAGAUUCUGAGAUUAUUCGAACUGAAGAAGAUGAAAUAGAAGAGAAAAAAGAAGAAGAGAAUAAUCAAAUUGAUGAAGAAAAACAGAAUAAAACAACACAACAUUCCAAUAAAUCAACGAAAUCACAUUCUAAUAGUAGCAAAGUGAGUAGUAGUGGAUUUACACGAAAACAUACAAAUCGAUCUCUUCGUUUACGUCAUAGUCGUACACCGUCUGAUACAAGUUGUUCUGAAGGUGAAGUAUUAUCUGAUACUGAAGAAGAUCAUGACUUAACUGAUAAUGAUAUUGUUAAUGAAAAAGAUAUUGUUGGUGUUCAGGAGAAAGUGAAAUCGAUUUCUGAAACAGAUGGCGAUCAUAAUGAAAAUCUAGUUCGUUUGGCGCAUAAUUCAUUACAGGCUAAUACACCUAUUAGUGAUGUUGACUUAACUGAAUUAGAAAUAAUGGAUGAAUGGGGUCCACCUACAUCGGCUAAUCGAUUAGACAUAUCAAUUGCAUUAAGUGAUAUCAGCCUUCCAGCUGAAAAAGAGUUGAACUCCGGUACAACUAAUGGUGAAUUGAAUAAACAUGAUCAAAUUACAGAUCUAUAUAAUGAAUCAUUAGAAUUUUGUGCUAAACAAUUAAAUGAUUUAAUAAUAUUAGCUGAAAAUAAACAAAAUAAUAUUAUGGAAAUAAGAACAAUGAGUCCAUUAAUCCAAUCGAAGAUUUGUUUAUCCAAUGAAUUAGAAGCGAGUAUUGAAAGAACAGCAAUUGCAUUCAAAGAUCAUAUUGAUUCAGUACUAAAUAAUCUAUUACAUAAUGCAUCAGUUUCUAAAUCAUCAAAUGGUGAUUCGAAGUCUCAUAGUCAACAUUUAUCAGCACGUAGACAACAUGUUCCUUCCCGACGUGGUUCUAGACUUCGUGGUAUGCUAUUAGCUUAUCAACAAGAUGCUGUGAAGAAACGUCUAAGCUCAAAUAAUUCUGACUAA